CGAGAGGUGGCGAGCUGUUGGCGCCCGCACACAACAGAAGAAUGAAAUUUGAAUGAGCAGUGAGCAGGAAAUAAGCUUGUUCCAUAUUCAUUAAACGUAUUUCCUCAAGCUAUCAAGAUUGAACUCCCGGUUUUACCACCUGCAAGUGUUCGUUCACAAGCAAAGACAUCAAGACAGUUGGCUUAAUGGCAUAUGGGCUAACUUACUCACUUCGCGUUGCAGCUAAAAACGUGUCCAUUCAUGGGUCUGAAUCUCAGAGUUGUUUCUUUGUGUUGGACCUGGAUCAUCAGUGUUGCCUCUUUUGGGGUGAAUGUUCCCGAAAGGUGUUUGCUGGCAAUCCGAGGUCGUCCAGCUGUACUGGGCUGUGAGUUCACACCUGAUCCUGACCUGUCCAGUCUGGUGGUUACCUGGCAACGUCAGGAGGACGCACGAGUCGUCCACAGCUUUUAUUAUCAACAGGACAAAUUGGACAGACAGAGUCCAGAAUAUCACAAUCGGACCUCAUUGUAUAUUUCUGAGCUUGGUAAAGGAAAUGCCUCUCUAAGAAUGCAUCCAGUUGGACCAAAGGAUGCAGGCCGGUACCUGUGUCAAGUGAGCAAUGCUAAAGGGACAGGAAAAGCACUGAUAGAACUGGACUAUGGAGCCCUUUAUUCGGAGCCCAGGUUCAACAUUCAUGUGAACUCCACUUCUGUGACAGUGCAGUUUGAGACAGAGGGUUUCCCCAAACCUGAGGUGAUCUGGCUGGAGGAACACAACCAGAACCUCAGCUAUCACCUGGAGAUCCAAGACCAGAAAGAAGAUGGACUUUUUUACAUAAAAAGCAGCUAUGAGGUCCAGAAGCCAGUGGUUAAUGUCACAUUUACACUAAAGAACCACCUCCUGAACCAGAACCUGCAGAGAUUGGUGUUCCUCAGCUAUGAUGAGGAUGGAAAUGGAAGCACUGCAAUCAUUAUUCUCUCAAUACUUAGUGUCAUUCUGUUUGCUGUUGUGAUGUUUUUACUAUUAAGAAAACAAAUAAAGCCCUACCUAUGAUCCUCCAAUCUCGUUGUCAUCACUAUG